GGAAAAAUAAAAUGGUGGACAAGGAAGGUGAGAGGAGGAGGAAACGAAAAACGACAAAUAUUUGUAGCUAGUACUUUGUUCAGAACACUUUUUAUUAGUUUGAAUUGCGCGGAUCAAAAUGAAGCUUUUCAAGCUGUGGGUCCAUCAGCAAAAUUUCAGUGAGGAUGAACUGAUUUUAAAUCCAAAGGAGUUCCCAAACGAAAAAAUAGGCGACAUUUUGGAAAUUCACCACCCCGAUGAAGACAACACGCGUCUGCUACUGCAGAUUAACUCCAUCAAUCCUGAUUUCCAGCAAAAAGAUACAAUUAGUAUUGAACAGUCCGUGGCUAACAUCUUCCAGCUGAGAACAUACUGGGAUGUGGAGGUGACUAAGGUUGAACCAAAGGAGGUGUCGGUAGAUAUGGUAGAACUGUUGUUUAAGGACCAGUUUAUUACCAGAAGUGAGAUGUGGCGAUUAAGUAAAGAGUUAGUGGGUUCGUGUGUUUAUGUCAACAAGAAGUUGAAAUGUUUAGGAAUGCGUGCUCAGGUGAAUGAGAUCUGGAGCAAAGGAGAGAAGGUUUCAUGUGGAGUAAUAUCAGAGGAUACAAGGGUAGGAAACUAAUAUCUACAUACACAGUGUUUUCCUUAUCAGGCGGUGACCGGUAAAAUUUACCACCUGAAGCAACAUUUCUUACCGCCUGCAAAUGCUUGAAGGUUUACUGAAAUUAAAUAAGUUGUUUUAAAAAAUACGCAAGUUGUGAUCCCAUUCAGUCAAGGCAAUAAAUGAAUAUAUGGAAAAGUGCUAAAGUAUACACAACUUUUCUUUUUAUGGGCCAUGCGCACAUUGUGAAAGAGAACAGUGAAUACAGAGUAAAAUUAUUGGGAUCAAAUUCAUUUUAAAUUGUUGUCUAAAGAUAUCAACGGCCAAUUUGGGUAAAAGAGGUCUCUGAAAUGAGGGAAUCAUGUUUCAAAGAACUUAGCUCCUCCUAAGGUAGGGCCAUGUCACUCUCUCCAUUACCCCCUCCCCUCCCCCCAGGAAAGUGCACCGCUGGGGCAUAUUCUUUGCCUUGUCAGCCAUGAAUGGUCCUUUACCUGCUGAGCUAAAGUUUAGGGAAAAAAUUACACACAAAUUCUCCAGACUGAUCUUCACACAUUUGUUGAGAGAAUUUGGUGAAAUAUCAAAGUAUUCUCUAUUUGUGGUCAUUUUAUUAUUUUGUCUUUAUUGUUUAUAGAUAUUGUUAAGAGAAUUGAUAUUGGGCACUUUUGGGUGAAAAUUUAAUAUGCGAAGAAGCCUGCGUGAAGCAGACACUCUCAGAAAAUACUCUACUGUCCUCCUAGUACAGGUUUCAAUAUUAGAUGGCAUUAAUUCUGUGGCAGGACUAGCUAGCUCAGUCCAUAGAGGACUUGACUGCAGGUGGAGAUGCCAGUCAGGUUCGACCCGUGGGGCUGCAUCAAUACUCACAGUCUAAAAAUAAGUGACAAAUGACACUGUGCCCUUUGCCCUGCAAAUGGUCAGACUAUCAUGUGGCUUAGAUGAUCACCUAAAAUGGUGUUCUUGUCUCCAGUCAAAGAUGUAAAGGUAGUGUCCUCAGUUAGCACUUUUGUGCCAAAUUCAGGGCUCGAAAUAUUGGCCAGUCAAUGGACAAUUUCCAGACCGACUGGGGACUUGAACACUCAACUUUUCGUCUUACCAGUCAGGUUCACCAUUCACAUUCGAUCGCAUUGAAAAUGAAAUAAAUUAAAAUUUCAUGCUAUUCAGUUGUUUCAGUUGUUAUCAGUAUGUAGCUUGUUGCUGUUUAAUGUGGAAUUUUGAUCUGAAAUCCUGGAUGAAAUGAACUGUUGUUUACAAUUCUUGCAUUGAAACAGACAUCAGGGUUCAAGCACUUCCGGUAACAAAAUUAUAAAUAUUUUCGCUUUUAUUAGUUAAGGAAUGACUUUUUUAGUUUUGGAAAUUUUUCAUGCCAGUUUCAGUUCAUGGGCCUUUGUUUUAAGAGUUAUUUAUCUUAAAAAUUUGACCAGCCAGAAAUGAUACGUGAUGGAGCUAAAAUGAAUUUGGCCGGUCAUUGUGCCCAGAGACUCUCCAGAAAUAAAAUAUUAUUUUGAACCUUGAAUUGCCUUGACACUCAAAUAAAGUGCACUUUUUAAAUUGACAAAAACACCUCAAGUUUCAAGAUUAUUGUGAAACAGCUUUUAACAUUUUUUUUCUUUCUCUUAUUUCAGGUAGUCUUCAGAUCAUGCACUGCCAAAGUGUUUCUACUCAUUCAAAUGAGUAAAGAAAUGUGGGACUUUGAUUUCAAUGGAGACCUUUUCUUUGAGAAAACCAUUAAUGGAUUUCUUUAUGAACUGUUUACCAAGUGGAAGGAGAUCAAAGCUAUCCAUGAUGUCACUAUCAUUCUGUUUUCAAGAACAUUCUACAAUGCACAGUCCAUAGGUAAGUGUACCAGUCUGCUAAAAGGACUUUGGUCUUAACCUUUGUAGACUGCGAGCAGUCUCGUAAGGAGUGCAUGCGUGCACAAGAGUGUCGAGAGAUGCGAGAAACAAGGGCAGCAGCCCAAGAAGAAAAACAAAGAGAGACUCUCUUUUUCUGUGCCUUUCCCAUCUCAUGCCUUCAGUCACACUUGUGGUCAUUCGCAUGUCUCGCUUGUCUUGCUCAAUGGACUAAGAAAAAAGAGAGACUGCUCAUAGUCUAUAACCAUUGUGAAUCACACAAUAGUUUUCUGUAAGGCCUGACCAAACGAUAUAAUAUUGUAUUCAAUGGCUGCAUUGCUUGUACAGAGUCCCGUGAGAGUGACAAGUAAUCUGAAUGACUAAAUUGAUUGAUUCAUUGAUUCUAUGUUGAUGUCUGAACAUUCUGGUAACAUUUUAAUUUUAAAAGAGGGUACUUCUUGUUGUCCUCUAAUCCACAACAUUGCAUGUACAUUCUACAUUUCAUUACAUUCCAUUGAUUGGACCACAUUUAUUAAUGCACAAACAAAAACUGUCAACAUAACAAACUUUUGCAUUUACCAGUUGACCCACUUAAGCAUGGAAUGUACUGUGUUUUAGAACAUGACAAAAACAGCCAUACAAAAUGUAUCAGAGAAGCUGGGCACCAGUAGAGUACAGGUGCCUUAUGAAUCCAUUAAAAAGACAACUUACAAGUACCAUCAAUAAUAGUUCUUUCUUAUUUGUCUCUGAUAAUCGAUUGACCAUUUUCUAUAAUCAAUAGACAUUAUUCACGAUACCCGCACUCUUUGCAUGCGCUUAAGAACUGAUGGGAAAAAAGCAAUGUCACGUGGUUUCUCAGGGGACAAACAUAGGAUUAAUGUUGCCAGUGUGAGAAAUCACAGUUGACUGUGUUUAUUCUCUCAAAACCAAGUUAUGAUUUAAUGGUCAUGCAAAAUGUACGGUUUGAGUUUCGACAAAAUUAACAUCAUUAUUGCUUGCUGUGAGGACAUCUACGGUCGCUACUGUAUCCAAAAAAGUAAAAAUGAUCACUUCCACCCAUAAUUUGCCAUUAUCAUCUUUAUAUAAAAAGUUGUUCAUUUUCUCUUGUCAAGAAUAAACAAACUUGACUGAGACUUCUUGUAUUGGAAAGAAGCCACGUGACAUUGCUUUUAUCCCAUCAGCCCUUAAGCGUGUACAAGGAUUGCAGGCAUUGUGAAUAAGGUCUAUUCUCACAUCGCUUAAAGUGUUCAUUCAGUGAUCAAUAUAAAAAUAAAUGAUUGGCUCACCACUUGAAAACAUUUUAACAAAUGAAAACACCUUGACUGUGCUCUGUUCUGUUGUAAAGCAUGCGGAAAGCAGCCAGAGCUUGAAAGAAGUGUAGGGAGAAACACAAGACGUAGUUGAACAUUUCCCCCUACUUCUUGAGUGCUCUAACCACUUCCUAAGCUUUCUAAUUUUCAAAACAAACUAUUGCCAGAUGGCAUGACAGCCUUAGCACUGUGUUUUAUACUGUAAUAAAGCAUGGUUUUUCAAGCAAUUAAAGUCGUUGUUAUAUCUGAACUUUACUGUAAUUUGCGUUAUUAAAAACUGAAUCAUUGGAUAAUGCAAUUCUAGAGCUCUGAUUGGCUUAUAGCCAUCAUGGUAUAUGAGCCAUUAUACCAUGCUCUCCAAAUAUGAUAUGGUCUGCUUGAAAAUGAAAACAAGCUGAAAAUGAGUUGUCGGGAAGAAUUCCUUAUAUUUUCUGGAUGUUUUUUAUAAUGAAACGAUUGAUAUUAUUAUAUAAACACCAAUGAAAUACCAGGUGAGCUUUCGUGCGAAAACUUGAUAUCUUCAAAUGUGAAAAUAACAUGUUAUCCUCACAUGUGAAAAUAUCACCGUUGCUAUGGCUACAUAAUAAAUCGUGCCUUUCACACCAAAAAACUAUUAAAGUGAAAUGGUUUGAUAUUUCAUUGGUGUUUAUAUAAUAAAUAGAACAUUACAUGGCCACUUGGAGAUAUGAAAUUUCUUUUCUCGUGUGGAAAAAAUAUUUCACUCGUUCGCUGCUCCACUCAUGAAAUAUUUUUCAACACUCAAAGAGAAAUUUCAUAUCUCCGCGCGGCCAUGUAAUAUCCUAUAUUUAUCCCACUUGUGCUUGUUGGAUAUGAGAUGAUUAUAACCAACUCAUAUCCAACGUGCACUCGUGUUAAAGAUUGAAUUCAGUGGGUAGACUACAAUGUACUGGGAUUUGAACUACCAGUAACUGUUUGUCAUUAAGUUACAUUAAAAAUUAAAGAGAAACUGCAAUUCUUAACCAAAUAAACAGGGCACCUUCAAAGAUAACCAAGCAACAUCUGAUGAUAUCAACAUUAAUUACUCCACCUUAAUUUUCAGCUGAUUUUUCUGCGGAUACUGCAGCAUGCAUUCAGCAAGAUCCAUACGGGAGAUUUUAUGAAGACUUUUAUCAAGUGGUGGCCUUGAAAGAGAGGCGUGAAGAUUGGAUACCCGUUUUAGUGACAUUAAAGAAGUGUUUUAAUCAGUACCCCAUUAUCACUAACUGCUGCGACACGCUUGAAGGCACAAAAAUAAAAGGCACCAAUUCAAGCUCAUUUGAAGGCAAUUUUUUAGAGGCAAUUAAUUUGACAAUGAAUGGUAAGCACUAUUAAUGCGACUGGUUUUUGUUUCAAUGGCAAAAAGAAUAUUAUCGAACGCGGAAAAAAAAAACGAUGAUAUUAUUUCUUCAAUCAACUUUUUUCUUUACUUAAAUAACUAUAUGUAAUUGAAGAUAAGAGAAAAACAUAAAAUACAGGGUUAAAGCAAGUAUGUUUACAAUAAGCUAAGGAGGGAACAUUGAGAACCAUUGAGGCUAGUCCAUAUGAGUUGAUUUCAGACAAAAAAAAUGGUACUAACUGUAAGGGACCACCCACGGAUACAGCAUAAGCAAUCAGGAAACAUAACAGGUAGUGAUUAAUUAUUAUAUGGCUGAAUCCCCACAUGGGCAAGAUGAAGCAAAUCCUGUGUUCUGAUUGGCUAUCUGAAUAGGAAAAAUGGGCCAUCUUGCCCGUUCGAGAUUUCCCAUCUUGGUCUUGCAAGAAAAAGAUAUCUGUUUGGUGUAUGUUAUCAAAUCCUUUAUUGACCAAUAUUAUUUUCAGUAAAGAUAGCUGGAUAUUAACCUCAACUUUGUGUUGGUCCAUAAAAGCGCAUUACAGUCAUGGCAGGUCAAGUGUACCUCCCUCCCUCCAAGAUUCUAUUAAUGAAUUGGUUAUUUGAAAACUGAAACCGUUAGUUGUUCCCAUAACUAGUGUCAAAUUCAAAUGGACAUUCCUGCAUGCGUAAUUAGCAGUGAAUAUUUUAUGAGAACUUCUCUGUAUCUGGUCUUUGAAGGGAUAAAAUUGCUUUAAAGACAUUUAAGAAACAGAGCCGGUAUAAAUUUUUGUGACCACCUCACGAGUGAAUUCAAGAAUGCAGAGAUGGAUCUGAAAUCUACAACUAACAACGGGUUCAACUUAUGAAUAAUGACUUCAAUAAUGGAAUCUCUGGGGGUAGCUUGACCUGGCUUGACUGUAAAGAUCUUGGCUAUUAUCCAGCUGUCUUAAACCCGUGCUUGGUCAAUCUCACUUUUUAGUAAAAUCCAGCUAGUGGUCUAUUAUCAAUGCUGCAUUCUGAUUGGUUGAGCUACUACUAGGCUAUAUGUUAUAGCCCACUAGUAGCGAAAAGCGCCAGCUUUUUGGUGGCAAAAAAGGAUUAAAGUCUAGCUUUAACUAGCUAAAGUUGUUUUGUCUCGAUAUGUUUGACCAACUAGCUGGAUUUUGCUAAAACAAUUUAUUCCUCUUGCCCUCAUGGCCCUUGAGUCAAUAGCCCAUUCAGCCUUCAGCCUUAUGGGCUAUUGACUCAGAGUCCAUUCGGGCUUGAGGAAUAAUUGUUAAAUAUCUAUUGACUAUUUUCACAGCAUUUGCAAGACACCAUAUUGAUCGUAAUUUUGAACGCACUGGUCAGACAACCAUCAUUGUAGCACCUGGCUCAGGAAUGUUUGAAGUUGAUCGAGAAAUGACCAGCAUCACAAAACAAAGAUUGCUAGACAGUGGUAAGAUGACUAGAUAAAAAAGCCCGCAAAACCACAAACAAAAGUCUUUGCGUGGCCUGUGCUUUUUGAUUACUUUAAUAAUAAUAAUGUUGUAAAGAAAGAUUUCUUGAAUGACAGUGGUAAAUUAAAUAGAUUGAAAGAAGUCUUGUUAAACCACAAACAAUGGACAUUGCGUGGCUUGUGCUUUUUGUUCCCUUAUAAUUUUGAAUGCUAAACUGCUCUUUCCUGAAUGCUAAAUUGCUCUUUCCUGAGGACCCAGGAGUACAUGGAGAAAAAAUCCAUUAAACAGGAGUGGGGUUCAAGCACUGGGGUACUCCUUAAAAUGGUCUAUACACAGAGGAGUACCUUUUUCUAGCUUUUGCUCAGACAUAUUAGAGGGAAGGGAAUUCACAAGUUGAAGAAUACCGGUAUAUGAAAGGGUAGGAAAAUCUAUCAUUUAAGUAAAGUCAAAUCUCUUUAAUACGGACACCAAAGGGACAGAACCAAGUGUCUGCUUUACAGAGGUGUCGCUAUUAUAGAGAUAGGAAAUGUAUGAUUUUUGGCAUUUCUGGGACCAAACGAACUGUCCGUUAUAGAGAGGUGUCCAUAAGGAGAGGUUAGACUGUAUGUAAGAAGGCCUUUUAUGCAAAUUCAAAUUGUUUUAAAAGAUGCCUCUUUUGGCUUUAUUAUGAUGUUAAUUUAUUAAACCUAAAUGAAAAGGACAAGAAAACGUCUUGCUUUGGUGAUUUAUUCAUAUUUAAAAGUAGGUUAGAGAGCUCUGAGGGGUACCAUUUUCUAAUGUAAGGUAUACAAAAGGGCUGCCUUUAAUUUUUCUGUCAAAAAUGGUAUAUAAAAUGGUCAGGUGGUUGACCUUGGGGCAGAAACUUUUGACACUUUGACACUGUAAAUCAUAUCAUCCUUUUUGAUAAACUCGAACAUUACGGUAUUCGUGGCUUAGCGCUGGACUGGAUAAGAAGUUACUUUUCAAACAGAAAGCAAUAUGUUGAAUAUAAUGGCCACCGUUCGUUAAGAAAUGAAAUCUCUUGCGGGGUCCCUCAGGGUUCUAUCCUCGGACCUCUAUUUUUCUUACUGUACAUUAACGACAUCAACAAUGCUUCUAAUCUAUUAAAUCUGAUAUUGUUCGCUGACGAUACCAAUGUAUUCAUGUCACAUAAAGAUCUGAACUAUCUCUCAGAUAUGUUAAACUUGGAGAUGGACAAACUGUCAAUCUGGUUUAAAGCAAACAAGCUUUCUCUAAAUCUUAAAAAGACUAAAUUUAUGGUCUUCAAACCAAGACAAAAGCGUUCAAUUUGUAAUAUUCAAAUAAGUAUAGAUAAUCAAAAUAUUGUUAAAGUAAAGGAGACAAAUUUUCUAGGCGUAAUUUUGGAUGAAAACCUAAAUUGGAAGUCGGAAAUAUCUCACGUUGCAAGUAAAGUUGCGAAGUCAAUCGGUAUAAUAUCUAGAUGCAGCUUCUUUCUUCCUAAAUCGUUUUUACGUAUGCUCUACUAUUCCUUAAUUUAUCCUUAUUUUUACUACUGCAAUAUCGUUUGGGCUUCGACCUAUAAAACUAAUCUCCGCUGCCUUGUUAUCCUGCAAAAGCGCAUUAUUAGAAUUAUUAAUAAAUCACAUUUUAAUGCUCAUACUGACCCCAUCUUUAAGGACCUCGGUAUACUAAAAUUUAAUGAUAUCCAUUUGCUUCAACUGGGCCAAUUUAUGUAUUCUUGCAAAAAUUCAUUCUUACCUCCAAAGUUUAAUAACAAUUUCUCUCAAAGCAAUCAAUUCCACUCUUACAAUACAAGAAAUUCCCAGGCCUACCGUCUACCGUAUUGUCGUACAAACACGAAGAAGUUCUCGCCCUUUUUUCAAGGGCCUAAGUUUUUUAAUUCACUUGACAACAAGAUCAUCAACUCUCAAUCCCUCUCCUCUUUUAAGAAAAAACUGAAGAUUAAAUUAUUGAGUAAGUAUGAAAACAGUUUAUAAAUCUUUCCAUCUUCGACUUUUCGCCUUCUUCUCUUCAAUUGAUGUGAAACAGCUCUAGCUCAUAGUUCGAGGAGGCCUAACCUCUCAUAAGCUCCUAUAGUUUCUGUUAGGUCUCCUCGCCACUUCUUUUUUUUCUUCUUCUUCUUCUUUUCCUAUAUUUUUUGUAAUUAGUGUGGCAAAUAAAAUAAAAUAAAAUAUUGUUUGGAGAAAACUGAUGUUGGUCACUCUUGGGACCUCAUUCCCUCUUUGCCUUGUUAUUUUAAUAGGUGUAUCCAUUGAUCUUGUAUGCCUUGCUGAACAGCCUCUUCACACUGUCCCCCUCCUGAAAUAUCUCAACAAGGUGUUAAGUCAGGGGGAUGCUAACUUGGGAGAUGAUUACAACAUACCUCAUUGGAUGAACCAUGGUUUUUAUACAUCUCCAGAGAGAAGAAAAAAGAAAGAGAAUUUUGUUCCACGUAUUAAAGUUCCAGAUGUUGUGUUGAGCUCUCUGGGGAGGUGUGGCGGCAAUGAAAAAGGUACAAAUUAAUAUGGGAUCAAUUAAGGUUUCUGGGAAACUGCCCAUCUACCCCUCCCCUAAGCCGACAUUUUGCCCUAAGUGAGAAGUAAGUGUUAAUGUUAGCUUAGGGGAGGGGUAGGAGGGCAGUUUCCCAGAAACGUACAUUUCUUUCAAGGUGGAGAGCUAACAUGUAUGAGAGGGUAAUCAAAAUAGUUGAUAAGUAUAAGUUUUUUUUUUCUCCUUGUGAUUUCAAGUUUCUUUACUUUAAAAAGCUGUCUGCGUUGGCACCAGGCUGCUUUGGCAAAUGACUAUGAUAUGUUGUCUAUAUUUCAAGUAAACACAAAGCUGUGGCAGUAAACAAGAGCAUAUUUUAAUAAUAAAUGUACAUUUAUGUGUAGUUGUUCUCAAAGUCCUGUUUUCUGUAAGGUUUUCUAUGUACUGGUAUUGCAAUCCCUAUACCAUAUAUUUAGUGAUUUUUCUUUCUUCUUUUCUGUGGGGCAAGGUGGGGUGGGCGUGGGCAUGGGCGUUCCAAUGGAGGGGACUCUUAUUUGGUUUUUGUUGUAGGGUGCUAAUUCGAGUAUUUACGAUGGGACUGAUUUUUUAAUGAUUUUUUGUCAGGAGUCUACACUAGUUUUACUGAUCACUGCAAGAUAGAAGCAGCCGAUAGCCAGCUGCCUGAUUUGGUGGACUAUGAUGAAUAUGACGCCAAAGUCUUCAGGAACCCUUCCGCUGCAGGCCACUUUGCAUUGAAAGGUUUUCCUCCUCGAGGCUCGGGCUUCCGACGAAUAAGAAGCGCCAUGGAGAUGCAACGAAUGGCUAAGUCGGUUUCCAAAGAUGAGAUCACGUCUCACAAGUUUAUAUCUCCCAAGGGAAUCUCCUCGUACGAAGAUUUACUUGUGUCAGCUUCAUCAUCUUCUUCCACUAUGUUAACAGUAAGUAAUAAGUUAGACUUGCCUACAAGUCGAGCUUAAAUUUUUUCACGAGCGCCAAGUGCGAACGGUAGAUUUUUUAUGUUUUCUGCGGCAAAAGCGAAAAAGAGAGCUGGGGCCAACUACCGGAACCGGAAAUGAGAAGCGAAGGACUUUGAAAAAGUCUAGUAAUAAGUGGGCUUUUGAGCCCUGGGGGCACUCCCUUACUUGUCCCAAAGAAGUGUGGUCGUUUCGCCCGAUGACAAACAACACGGAACAGACUACAACACGGCUUAUCAGUGAUGUCUUCGAGUUGAAAUUGGACUUCAUUCCUGCGAUUGUUGAAAAAGUUCCAGCUAUCUGGACAAGUCAUAUUCGAGAUACUGAAUGAAUGUUUAUAAAAAUGAAGUCUGCAGGUUCCUCAGCGAUUGAUAUUUCGAUCUUUGAGACAUUCAGUGUGAAGUUUUCACUGGAAAAAGUUGUUGACCAAUUGUCUUUUCACUCUUAUGCCUUGUUUUCUGGCUUAAAGAACGGCAAAUAAACAUUGGGCGAGUCGACUUAAGUGCGGGCGAAUCGUAGUCGGGCGAAUCGUCUUUCGGUUGAAACGACCUGCUACUGUCUUAAACGGGUAAGUGCCGCAGAGCAGCAUGUAAUAGUUCCUAAUAUUGAUUUUCCCCCUCAAUUUGUAGAGACGCGAUGCUUCUUUCGUCAAAGACAUAAACAGCAGAAGCAGAAUUUUUUCUUCAUCUGUAGAGUGCACAACUCACGGCGUUCUUGGUACGUAAAUAUCAGACAUCUUUCCGCUCUAGCCACAUCAGAUUCAGAUUUCAGAUUUUUUUAUUUAUUGCACUAUUUCAAUAGUUUACUACGAAAAAAAUUACAAUACGUCACAAAAGGAAAAUAAAAUAACAUUAAAUUACCUAAAGUGGAAAGAUGUCUAACAUCUUAUGCUGUACUAUAACUUGUGUACUGUACAUUUUUACAAUUCGUGUUUUGCUCUAAAGGCCUGCUUCUUUUAAGGGUUUCGCUUGCCUAGUCCAAAGCCUAUAUCCUGUACCGCGUUUUCCCAGGCCCUCUCGGUCAAUUCACUUCGGUGACGACGUAUCCGAGGCGAAUGGGGACAUCUUCGGUUGGACCACGUGACCCGAAACGAGUUGGCAGCGCGGAAUAAUGAGGCCUAGGGCUAGGCAAGAGUUCCGCUAGGCGACCGCUAGGCUCGAUGUGUGUGGGCACGAGGCGCUGUUCGGGAAAACGAGCCGGCAAUCAGAGAGACGAACAGAAAUCGAUAUUGCUGAGUGUGUGCUGCUGUUCACUUGGUACAGUGGGCUCAGUUAUGACCAUUGGUUUAUCAGCUAGUAAAUGUAUGCUUGCACUAGAAAACAAGUUUGAGGAGAGAAAACAAGAUUGUAUAGUCAGUCCAGAAGUUCGGGUUUCUGCUUGACUGGAUUUAGGCAGAGCCUCCUUUUCUCCUCCUCGCUCAAGAAGACAAAAGGAGUCUCUGUUCACAGGGUGGAUUUCCUCAGUCAUGACCAAAUUUUAUUGGAUCAUUAUACGUUUCUGGGAAACAGCCCAACUACCCCUCCCUAAACAGACAUUAACACUUACUUCUCACUUAGGGCAAAAUGUUGGCUUAGGGGAGGGGUAGGUGGGCAGUGUCCCAGAAACGUACCAUUUUAUUAAUGGGACAUUAACUUUAGGGUCUGAAAGGGGGAGGGGGUCCCUGAUCCCGUAUUCCCGCACCUUUUUCACGACAAUCCCGUAUCCCAAACUUCUGAAAUCUCUACCCCUAAUACCGCUUUCUUUCCCAAUACCCCAUCCCGUGCCAAGAUUUCGGCGAAUCCCGCCUGUCGAGUAUCGGUCGAAUCUCGUAUCCCGUCCAGAAUUUUUUCGUUUUCCCGAAUCCCGCACUGUGUUUCGGCCAAAUCUCGGAUCCCGAAGGAAGAUACCCUUCCAGACCCUUUGACUUGAUGACCCACUAUUGUUUGCAGCUCUGUUGUUUGUAUUUUAUGUUAGCGAUUCAAACAUUUCAAGAGGACCCGUGAUUUUCUCAUUGUUUUUCAGCUUCGUUAUCUGAAAACGUCAUCGCAAAUGGAACACAGCAUGAAAUCAUUCGUCCAGUUCCUCGGCGGUUUGCGGUUGGCAGCGCGGGCGCGGAUCUGUCUGUGAUUGACACCGCUGUGCAGACUCAUCCACAGAGGACUCUAAUAAACCCUUUCAAACCAAAUGAGAUCCCCUGUAAUUGGACCUGCAACAGGCAUCGGUGGUCACAUGUUUUUCCCACGGGACCCGACGGGGAGAUCCUGCAUCCACACUAUCAUAAGCUUUCAACGGAUUCGAACGAUGCAGAAGUGAAGCUACAAAAGGUACCUGUUCUUAAACCUUUAAAGGGCUUUGGCACGCUUUUUUGUUCUCAUUACGAAGAGCUAAAACGACUCUUUUAUCAAUUGUACUCUGAAAAAUAAUGGUCCAGUUUUGUUAUUUAAAGCGCAGCUAAGCGCCGUCCAUACACCGUAUUCACAAAAGGCGGACACGCGGGAAAAAACUGGUGCCUAGUCAUGAAAGCGAGGCGUUGGAGGAUAAACAAAAAUUGCAAAUGAAGACUUUCAGUGAACUUGCAGAGUGUUUAGCACGGAUUCCACCUAAAAUAACUUUGUACGGACUUCUUUUUAAAUACAAUUACGUGGAUGUCUUCUGCUUUUAAUGUUUAGUAGUGAUUUGCUGUUUGUAAUCAAAAGGGACGCGUAUAUCUUCAAGGAAACAGGAUGAUUUUGUAGGUUUCCGAAGCAUCAGAAGCUCGACAAGUGGACGAUCGCCGGAGAAAAGGGGCAAACAUGUUGGCCCAAACUUCACAUUGAAACCGAGUACGAAAGCCAGCUCACUGCAAUUCGGUGAAACAGAAAUGUAAACAAAUCUUGGUGGCAAGAAAAAAAGAAAUAAGCGACAGAUAUAUGGCCUACUUGUUAAUGCAAGAGACGUCUGCCGUUGAACUGAAACACAGUGAGUUCCAGAUGGAAAAAAGGAAGACAGGAAAGCAGGGGUGACUGAGGUUUCGAUGAAGUUAUGUUUGGUUUUUGUUUGCCAGGACGUUAUUCUCUGGUCUUUAUCGAUGAAGGACAUCAAUUAGAACUAUUUUUUUAGUAUAAAUGCAGGAACGAUCGAGUGGAGUACGCUCAAAAUUUCAACAUGUUACUCGGCAGACUCGGUAAGCCGGCCACAUAUCAUUUCAGCGAGUAAUUUCGUAUUUCUUAUCUGUGGCUGUUAAGAGUUUUAACUUAAUGUUUUAUAAUAUUUAAAGUUGAAGAAUACAUAAAUAAAUAAAGUGAUGGUCUUCUUAAACGGAUCCAGACUCGAAUUUAAUUAUUCAAAACAGAAGCUGGCCUUGUUCAUUCCUGACACAAACAUUGCCUUAAAAGUUUAACCUAGUAAAAUGUAAGCUUUAUACUACUUUUUUACCAAGAGCUCUCUGAGAUAAGGCCCUAAAGGAGACCAGGCAAAUAGCAAGCCAUAAGAUUCACACAGUACAGCUUCUAAUUUUUAUAAAAUUAUUUUUAAUUAUUUCGCAAUGACAAAGAAAUCAUGACAUUUUUACUAAGCUCUGCCAACGUACCUCAGUAACAAUUCACUCCAAAGCGACGGAAUUAAUAUGAUCCAAAGGAAGUUGUAAUUGCAGACAUACAUAUAUACAUAGAUAGGCUUUAGCCACUUUAUUACACGUAUAUACAUAGAUAUGUAUAAAAUGACACUGACAUGAAUAAAUCAGCCUUGUGAAUGAAUCUUUCACCCGCUCUCGACUUGACCUGUUUUGUGUAAUGGCGGAGGUCUCUUCCGUUAACAAGUAGGCCAUAUAUCGGUCGCUUAUUUCUCUUUUUCUCGCCACCAAUAUCUGUUUUUAUUGCCGUUUUACAGAAUUGUAGUGAUCUGGCUUUCGUACUCGGUUUCAAAGUGAAGUUUGGACCAACAUUUUGCCGCUUUUCUCCAGCUAUAGUCCACUUGUCGAGCUUCUGAUGCUUCGGAAACCUACAAAAUCAUCCUGUUUCCUUGAAGAUAUACGCGUCCCUUUUGAUUGCAAACAGAAAAUCACUACUAAACAUUAAAGGCAGAAGACAUCCCACGUAAUUGUAUUUGAAAAGAAGUCCGUACAAAGUUAUUUUAGGUGGAAUCCGAGCUUAACACUCUGCAAGUUCACUGAAAGUCUUCAUUGAGUUCAUUUGCAAUUUUUGUUUAUCCUCCAAUGCCUCGCUUUCAUGACUAGGCACCAGUUUUUUCCCGCGUGUUCGCCAUUUGAGAAUACGGUGUAUGCUAAUACGUUUUUGUUUGACUACGCUUGCAUUUCGGUGUGUUUCUGUCGUCACUAAUACGCUGAGCGUUUUCAUCGAAACCACAUCGACCUGAAAACGCUCUUAACAGUGGAUCAAAACGAAAACGCAGCGUAUUAGUAUGGACGGUCGAAAAUGGUCGAAAACGCAUCAAAAUAGAAACGGUGACCGAAAAUAUCGUAGGCGCGAGUGUUUGCAGCUUGCAUAGAGUUUAACUUACGUCACAACAGGAAAUUCCAUCGUUUUUGCGCGUUUUAGUACGAAAAACGCAUAUAUUUCGAUGUGUUUCUGUCCUCACUAAUAUCUGAGCGCUUUAUUCGAAAACACAUCGAUAUUAAAACGCUCUUAAAAGUAGAUCAAAACGAAAACGUAUCGUUUCAGUGUGGACGGUCGAAAACGCAUCUAAUGAAAACGAUGACCGAAAAUGUCGUAGGCGCAUGUGUUUGUAGCUUUCGCAACGUAUAAUUCUAUCGUUUUCGAACGUUUUAGUGUGAACAGAUGAAAACGCAUCAAAAGGUUAGUGUAAAUGCGAAUCGAUCGAUGCGUUUUCGAUGACAACGAAAACGCAUUAGUGUGGACGGGGCCUAAGUCUAUUCUUAAGCGUUAAAACUGUUUCCUGUCGUCUGACCGCCAUUGAUGACUUGCUACAGACUGAGCAUGUAGUGAACUCUGAAGAGUUUUUAGAUGAAGGGGGAUUAUCAUGGUUAGUGCUUGCUGGUGAAAUGUGUAAUAAUAUACACUUAACGUCAGAUCCCGAGGGAAACACUUAGUUUUGUUUUCCCGAGCUCGACUUCGUCUCGGGAAACAUCAGGACUCGAGGGGAAACAAAACUAACUGGUUUCCCGAGGGACCUGACAUUGAGCGUUUUGUUAUAUUUCUAGACUUUCACUUCAACAGCGACAAAAGAAUAACCGCAGCGAAUCAAAACAGUCUACUCGGUUCUUAUAAGAACACAAAUUAAAUACUCAAAACCACUGAAUGAAUGAAUGACAUAGUGCUUUCCUUAUAUUAUCUGUAUUUUUCCUCCACUAGCUGCUGUUUCUCUUCAAGGAUAACUUUGAAAAUCGUUCCUUUUUAGCUUGAGGCUUCAUGUUUGUGUUGUGAAGCCCUUGUUGUGUUCAUCCUCGAAAGAACAGGAGGGCAUUUUGCAUGCGCAUGCGUGAAUCCGCUGAACGACAAUAGCGUAGGCGCAACAAAUCUGAUGGCGGGAAAUCGAAAACUCGCGCGUAAAGUUACAGUCCUUUUAAAAGCCAUUUCGUUGGUGCUUUGAAUACCGUACUUUCCUACAAAAAAUAUUCUCCAUGACAAAAAUCGGACGUUUUCUACGCGCGUUUUCACUUGUAGAUUUUUCAGCAGUAGGUUUUCUUGGCCUUUAAAGACAAGACUCAACGCCAAAAGUCAUAGUCCUGUAUAAGUCUGAUUUUCACUGGCAAAGCAAUGCAUUUCUAUGGUUUGAUUUCCAAACUCGUGGUUUUAUUUAGGGAGGAAAUUCAUCGUAGCAAUGUUCAGCUGCUUUAAGACAAAAUCCAAAAAAAAAAUUUACCACGCGAGGUUUAUUUAUUAGCGCGAUGUCUCAUGUUAAACUGAUCGCGGAGACACGCGUUUAUAUAUGCCACAAAACUUGAAAUCUAUGGGGUUUUAACAGUUUUUUGAACGUUUUCGCGGAAAAAUUUAUAAAAGAUAUUCUCCUAUAGGAAGUGUAUAAUGGAUUGAGUUUGAAGCAACAAUUACAAGUACAUAAUCACUUGAGCAUUUCAUAAGCUCAGUUGCAAACAAAACGAAUGCACAUACUCCGAAAAAACGAACAGUACUUUUAUUUUUCUUUAACUCUAAAAGAUACAGAGAUUUUUCCUAAGCUACUAUUUUGAAGCGACUCUUGAGUAACAGCUCCUGUCUCCCACAAUUGAUUUCUUGUUAUUAAUUUAUAUUUGAUGACAGUAGUAAUCUAUUCAAAACAGAGAAUGGCCAUCACUCCAUAAAUCUAACUGACGAUGUUGUUCACCUUCAAAGCCUGUUUAAACAUAAGACAGGAAGUUUGUUAAAGGGGUGCAUAUAAUGCUGUUUCCUCAAAAAAUAAAUACUUCUGCUAAAGGACCCAAAUGAGCUGGGAUGCGACAACAAACAUGACACAAAUGGAUGGAUGAAUUUGUCUGUUAUUAAUCUUUCUGUUGAGAGCUUUUUACUGUAUCCAGAUGAACCUCUUAUGUAAGGUGUACAUCAUGGAAGAAUUAUCAAGCAAAAACUGAUACGUUAAACAAGAAUGUGGUUCAAUACAGAGGAGAGGCUGGUCUCAGUCAACAUCCUUCGUGAAUGAAAUGUCUCACAAAUUAGCAUAUCAACAAAUGUAGUAUCCACAAAAUAUAUCAUUUAGGAAUAAAUGCGAUUUUUUUGCAACAGAAGCAAGGAUUGACUGAAAAGGUGUAUUGAUAACGUUUCAUUUCGUGCUAUUUUGGGGUUGGGGUGAUAGGCUAGAUUUUCUUUAAAACGCCAAAAUGUUAUAUUUAUUUGCAUAAUGAAAUGUAAACAAACAGUGUACCAAGGUGGAAAAAAUCAGAAUUCAAACCGAUUGCUGUAAUUUUUUUCCUUUGUAUAACUAAAUGAGAAAAUAUUCUUAUUUUCUAAACACAAUCUUACUCUCUUCAUUAUACUGAUUUAAAUUUAUAGUUGAAGUGCGUGUAUUUUAUUUCUCAACGAAGACGUACCGGGGAAGAAAGCUAAAAUUACUGCAGAAGGCGAUUUUUCACAGCCUUCAUCAAAGCGCCAUUCAUUCGCGGAAGUAUUCUUAGUUUCAUUAAUCAUUAACUUAAUCUGGGGAGAAAGGCAAGAUUUCGAGAUAAACAAGCCAGAGAAAGGGUGAAAAACAGUUUCAAGGCAGAAUGGACACUUAAUUAACCACUGUAUUCCUGAAACGAUUAAGUUCGAUUUUAGAGUUAUGCUAUUGAGAAGAAUUAAGUAUCUAUAGGAUAAUUGUUUAACGAAAAACUAUCAUACUGACCUUUUCCUCCUGCUCAAAAAAUGUGCGCGAAAUGUUAGGUAGUAAGAACAUUCAGCCGCCAUCUUGUCUUCGAUGUACUGUUUUACGAAAGGAAAGACUGUCCUCUCACGGGCGACAGCGAGGCUACAAUAAACUCACUUUCAUCGUAGAAAUACCUCGAUACCUUAAAGAACAUGUUUGUGGAAUGUAGCACCCAAUACACGUCAUUCAGCUCCAGAAAACGGCCUGCAAAUGCUGGUACUGAACGUAAACAAUUCACAGAAAAUGCCUCUGUAGCACUUCAACAGCCCAUAUUGACGCAUGCGCAUACAAAAUGCCCUCCUGUUCCCCGAAAGUGAAAACUGGCUGUUUUUCCCACCUUCUGUCACACCACUUUCCGCCUUGCUUUGAUCACGUGCUGUAAUGUAUCCCGAGCGGGGUACAAUUGCUCAAAUGUAUCACGAUCGGGAUACAGUUGAUUUUAGUCAAGGCCAUGUGACCAAAAAUCAACCAAUGGCAGUCCCUGUUUAGUUGAGUUUAAGUCUAGGAAUAUAACAAUUCUUGUUGUUUAAUAAUAACAAUUGUUUAAUUCACAAUUCAUUCCGCAGAAAUUGCCUUUAAUACUAUUCAGACUAAACACAAUCGCAUUUUUUGUUUGUUUGUUUAUUUUUUUCCAGUCGCGCAAUGUAGAAGAAGCAGUCCUAGCGGUCGUGGCAGCACGAAAGCGAGAGUUCUCCGAAGCUUCCCAGAGCCUUUCAGAAGAACGAGAACCAUUCGACGAAUUGACGUCAAGCGAAGGAAGUGAUAUAGAUGAGGACACGCCCUUUUCUCCUGAAGCACCCUCUCGGCAACAAGGGCAUUUCGCCCCCAUAGCAAACCAGGCACAAGGCUCACAGAACACCACACCCCGGAGGCGAACGGUACCCCGGAUCAACCUGUACCGUAAGGUAGAAGCGCCUGUCGAGCAUGACUGGACAGCGGCUGUCAAAACAAGUGUAGACUGGAAGUCCGUGUCUUGCCCCGCGUUGUUGCCCCUGACAACCGAUUUUAGCCCGAGUAAGAAGACACUCGACACCAAUUACCUUGAGUAUAACUAUACAGUUUAUAUUGAAGAAGACGAAGAUUUCACGGAGGACAAAAAAAAUUCCGAUUGGGGAAAACAGGACAGGUGAGUAUCAUGGUUUAGAAUUGCGAGGCUUGUGAUUGGCUAAGACAUCUUGUGCCAUUAUUGUCACGCAAGAAGGGAUCUGUAGCAAUCUUUUUGCCGUCCAAGUUAUUCAUUUGUGUGUAUGUGUCUAUUUGCCAUAUUCUAACGAGGGAAAAAAUGGAUAUGAUAUUCGACCUCAAUGCGUCUUGGAAUCGUUUGGAAUGAAUAAAAAACAUGGCGGACGGCAGCGAGCCAGCUGUUAAAACGGAAGACCUUAGAUAAAAACGACAAGGGUUUGACUGGAGUGCUCAGUCUCGCGGGCUCAUAAAACCUGGUCUCGGUCAUUCUUAUUUAAGGUUUUCUGUUAAAGCCUCUCUCAAGGCUAGAGAGAAUAAUGGCACAGAAAGGGAAACGCCCAGUUUAGCCCUUCCGUUUGGUGAAUUUCACCAAAGUUAUUUUUAGACCAAUUGAACGUUUGAAAUUAAUUGGAAGUUGGUUUUCGGAGAGGUCCGAAAACGUCUGUUUAGUGUUGUCAAUAGAGAAUUCACUAGUCGCCCAAACAAUAUUCUGAAUUUUUUGCUUUGAGGCAGUCGCGCGUGGACUUGAUAACGUUUCAAACAAUCGAUUGAAAUUUGAAAUUUGAGGACUUAGACUUCGUUAAAUUACAACCUCUAACUAAAAAUAACCUUGGUGAAAUUCACAUAUCCCGGCCAACGCCCUCAGAUUACCUCAAAAUUCUAUUAUUAUUCUAUUAUUAGUUAUUUGGACUGGAGAAGACAUAUCUGGUGCAUUAAGGUCAUCUUUUAGGGUCUUUUUACAGGACAAAAGAGUUCAAUAGGCCCCUCAACCUCGUUCGCAGGGUCCUUUCCUACCCGUCACUGUGGAGCGAGGGCGAGGACCCUGGGAACGAGGCUUUGGGCCCUUUGCAGCUAGCCAUUCACGUGGUACAAAACCGACGUGCUUGAGAGCAACCGUCGCACGGCCCCGUCGCACUGGGAAAGACAAACAAAAUGCUUACAUACAAAAGGCAUAAUUUUAAAUAGUAAUUUCCUUUGUUUGUCUUAUCCUAGUGCGACUUUUGCUGUCCAGCAUGGCGCUUUUGUACCACGUGAAUGGCUAGCUGCCAAGGGCCUAUUGUCGCAGGAUUUUAUUGGUACACUAACAUGGAAGACUCCUUCGCAGCCUUCUUCCUGUCGUCACGCAACGCACUUCCGGCCACCUGACUUUUGUUUGUGGGGAGGAGCGUUGCAUGACGACAGAAAAAACGGCUGCGAAUUUGACUAACAAACAUGGCCACCAUUUCUUUAUUUUCUACAUCAAUAUGGCCACUGUGACGUCAUGUGAAAACGAUCUAUAUGUAUUGCGUUGCAGCCGAUUGUUUGGCUGAAGCAUACAACCACUGAAGUGUAAAUUUUAUUACUUGUAUCUUCAGUACACAAGAAGAAGAUGAUCAUGGCUCACGAAGGCGUUUGACCGCAGAAAUGAUUUUUAUAGAACUUGUAUCGCAACGGAUUCAAAAGGUAUUUGUCUUGACCAAUAUUUUUAGGAUCACUAUACGUUUCUGGGAAACUGCCCACCUACGCCUCCCCUAAGCGAGAAGUGAGUGUUAAUGUAGGCUUAGGGGAGGGGUAGGUAGGCAGUUUCCUAGAAAGGUAUAGUGAUACUAUUUUUAACGGUAGAAAAACACUACAGUCGAACCUCCCGUAGGUCACCGCCCAAAAUGCGAAGACUUAGUGGUCGCUUACCGUAGGUGGUCGAAAACAAGAAUCGAUCCACAGGGGGUCUCUUAAGAGGUCCGACACAUCUACUUGAUGGUAGAUAAGAUAAUAUAUUGCAUGCAAUUUCUAAGUUUUGAUAUGUGAAGUUCCUUGUUGUUGUCAAAAGUUAUUCGUGUACUCUAAGUAACGGAUCAUGCGUGAAGGGGUCGCUUACAAAACUGGGUUCAACAGUAUAAAGUUAUUUAAAAAUCGUUAGCCCCGAAAAUUGGUCGCGGUCGCUUACAGUUGUUGGUCGUUUACGAGAGGAUCCAACUGGAAAAAAAAAUUGGUGUUUGCGUAGGUGGUUGCUGAUAGGAGGUGACGGCACAUGGAAGUUCGAUUGUACUGGCAACAAGGUGCCAGCUGGCUAUGAAGAGCUGGGGGUGGUCUAACCAAUCAGAAACGGUGAAAUAUUGUGAAGGAAUAAUGAUAUAAACUGUGCUUGUAUUGCUUGGUAUUACUUUGCACUUAAAUCAUCAUACCGUAAUCCUGUGAUAAGCCUCCCGUGGGGCUUAUUUAUUUCAAACCCAUCUGAGGGGGGCUAGGUAGAGAUGUGGGGAGCUUAUUUAAUUUAGCAAAGACUAUGGUAUCAGUUCUCCAUAAAGAACUAGAAUACAAAGUGGAAAAGGUCAAGUACAUGAAGUUGGAGGUCAUGCAGCCAAGGAUCAGAAACAAAUCCGAACUUCAAGUUGGUAAAUAAACCAUCCCGGAUCAGUCCACAGGAAGUUUUACAGACGUAAUUGAUUAAUAUAGUCUCUCAUUUUUUAGUGAAAAUUAAUUAGGGGAGGGAAGGGGGGCUUAUUUGAGAGUGGGGCUUAAUAGAGGAUUUACGGUAUUUGACAGCUAUUGGUUUCUCCCUAGGGAUUUCAGUUAGUUCCACCGGAAAAGACCAAAGCACUAACUUUAGAUCGUCACCAGUCUAUAGCUGCUAUUCCAGCCGAGGAGUCAAAUAAUAAGGAGUUUUUCCUAAAUAUUGGUCGCAACUCACACAAACUCUGUCUGACGUCACCGGAAGUGACGGUGACCAAGUACAGGCCACGUCAUCAACACGCCUCGGAUCCCAAAAACUACUGGUAAGGUACAGGAAGACCAAUAUUCAGAUACCUGCCAAUCAUGUAGCUUGUCAAAUCUUUUACGGAGGCGUUACGUUGUGUUGCAGUGAUCUGAAUUACCGUAAUUGAUCAAAUUGACGCCACCUCUUAAGUAAAGAACAUAACAGAGGAACUGUAUGAGCGACAGAGCGCAUGACUGCACAGGUGUUGAAUUGAUGAGAACGAUCACAACAGUGAACUUUGUUCUUUCUUAGCUAUCUUAUGUUAAGUCACGGGCGUCAGUUUUAUUAAGUGAUAUCGUUCUGCAAGAUUUUCUUUUGUCCACCAGACCGGAUAACUCUCUUAGCCUCGGUCAAUUUUUGCCAUGUAAAUGUUUCAAGGUUGGGUGACCUGCCUAGCCGGUCGAAGGCUUUGCGUCAUUUAAAGUGACAAUAGAAAGCCACAGCAAGAGUAUCAAGUGAGAGUAUAAGAGCUUUAACCUCCAAAGCACGUCAUUUUCGCGCCAUUUAGUUGUUAUUGUUGUUUACGUGCUUAGCGACUAUUCAAUAACCUUGAGAAAGUGAACCCCUGUUUGGCGGAGUUGUAAGAUGCAUGUAAACGCGGCUUAGUUUUUUUUACCUCUCCUAAGCGGGUAACCUCACCUAUCUGGAUCCCCCACGUCUAUCUAAACAGGCCAAAAACCUAUUGCCUUUUUAACGUUCUCGUUGCUGUCGCCGUCGUCGGAUCUCAAGGUCCCUAGUGAGGUGUCUGGAGAGCAGCCAGAAUAACGCAACUUACAGAACUAUGUUCUUUUUUCUCUCGUCCCUAGAGUCUUUCAAUGUACUAUACUUGCGCGCUAGAUUAUUAACACAAGUAUUAUUUCAUUCGUCUUUAGUUACCGUCUUUGCAUGCCUGAAAGGAAAGUAUUUGAACCAAACGAGGCAGUAUUCAUUCACGAGGAAAUGGACAGUUAUAAUUGGAAUUACUUGGACCAACACAUUUGCGGAGACCAGGAAUUUAACGAACUUAUGGAGGUAAAUUCCCUCCAAAUGUUACUGACGGAGAGAGCUGAAACUUUUACACUAAUAUGUAACUCUUUUCAAGGUGUAACUGUCCGAUUGUUUUGCUUCAAGUCAUUUGGCUGCAGAAUUGAAGGGGCUGUGACACGACUGUCUGGUUCAUUUUGUUUCAGCGAUUUUCGUGUGACCUUGAAAUGAAAACGCGCAAACGAAACAGAAACAACAAACGAACGGAAAUAGGGCGAUUUGACUGGUUUAUUGAACGAAUACAAACGCGCGUGGAUUUUGAUUGGUUAAGCGAACGCUCGGAUGAGAACACUUCAUGCCCGAGAACUUUUUAGAAAUCCACCGAUACUUUGCUUUGACGUCAUACUGUAACACGAUUGACCAAUCGAACAAUGCCUUCGCCAUAUCAUAUUCAUAUUUGACGGGAAAACUAAGAGGCCAUGUUUUGAUCUUUUCAUCCAUUGGCUGAUAAAACAAAUACGGAACACUUACAGAAACCAUUUUUCAAGGUCAUACGAAUAUCGCUCUAACAGAGAGAUUUAAAAGAGUCACGUUUACGACAAACAGCAAACGUGAAAUUCAAGUUGAGAUUUUCUUACAACAGAAAAUAAGCAGAUAAAAACUGUCCCGGACAAUUCUCAUGGAUAAAAUUGGCGUGAAACUCACUUAUUUUUCAGUAAAAGUACCACAACAACAACAACAUUAUUCUGUGUCCAAAAAUACAAAAGUUUAAUAAACAGUAAGGGACAAUUAAGCGGAAAGCUUGGCGAAAACGUGAAUCGUAAUGACUGUAAGGUCGCGUAAUUUUCACGUGCGUACGCACGUAAAUUUUACGCGCGUAAAUAAAAUAGAGGCAAUGUAUGGAAAGUCGGGCGUAAAUGUUAAAGUUGAGCCUUGCUCAACUUCUCGUUUAAGCUCAGUACUUUUUAUCUUGCCUCUAUUUUAUUCACGCGCGUAAAAUUUACGUGCGUAAACAGGUGUAAAAUACGCGACAGUGGAAAUUUACCCUAAAGGUGAUGUUACACGAGACGAUUCGCAACGACGAUUUUUAACGCAACACAGCGUUGUAACAUUGUUGCAACAUUGUUUCGAAUAGUUACAAGAUUGUUCUAAGAUUGCAUAGCUGUGUUGCGCUAAAAAUCGUCGUUGCGAAUCGUCUCAUCUAACAUGUAACCUUAAUACCGCCAAUUACGCAUUCUUAUUCGCUAUGGCACUUGCGCAAUUGCUUGUGGACGCCUGCCGACAACAAAAUCCCAGCUUCGUGUCAACCAUUAUAGAGGUAAUCAUUGAUUACGGAUACGCAUUCGUCACUUACGGAAAAGUUACGGAAACGAAAUCGAGUCAAAAGUAGUCCUACCAGUUUCCCGGCCGAGGUGUCCCUGAUAAUAUUAAUAGGGGAGGCUUAUUUGCAGUCGCCCGUUAUAGCUCGAAAAUUUCUGCCUUAGUGCCAGAGGAACACCAGAUUAGGAUGCGUUCUGACGAACGCGACAACAAAAAUGGCCUUUGAAAAACUCUUAGGCAAACUAGUUUUCGAAAACUACUAUAACCUGUGCCAGGCUGUCGGUUAGUGCAGACUAGAGAAGAACGCGGGUAAGCAGUGAAAAAAAGAGCGUACGAAAAACGAAAACUACAAUUGCAAUCCGUUUCAAUCGUCUUCAAGUUUGUCAACCCGUGCCGUCUUUGUAUUUUGUUUGUGUUAUUUAUACCUUCAUUGAAUGUUCUGAGUGGUUGUUUUGAUGUUUUACUCUUUUUGGUGGAAGCCACCACAGUUUAAAUUGUUAUAAAUUUCUUGACACUGCUCCUUUCACUACAAAAACUAUGAUAAUUCUCGACCUCGAGUGAAAAAAAUUCUACCUAACCAUGGACAAAGGUCUUAGGACAAAUUUGCAUUUGCUGUAAAUUAAACGGUUUUCUUGUUUUCUUUUUAGUCUCUGAAUUACUGGAAGGCUCGUUUCCUGCUGCUGCCCUUUACUCAGCGUAAAUCGAGUGUGGGAACGGGAGAAAAGAAAAAGACAAAAGCGCAGCAAGAGGAAAACCUUAUGGAAGGAUUUUUGAAGUUUCUUGAGAUUCUCAAUCGAGUAAAAAGAUUUCCAUCUCAGAAGGUUCCUCAGACACCCAAGGUAAUUAGAGUAAGCGCGCACUCUGUACAUAGCUUUUAGGUGACUGUUCACAGUUUCUCUAGAAUUGCUUUAUCCCUUUACUGAGCUUGAUAUAACUCACUAGCCGUUAAUUUGUUUCUGUCACAUCGAUAUUCUCGCUAAACUCGUAGUAGAAAGACGACAGCUGUCACGUUUUCCUGCCAAAAUGACGCUAGUUCACGCGCGCACAAUACUCAGUAUUGACAAAAUCUUGUCCUCGCGUACUUGUAUGAAAGGCCACGCGUAAACAUGAAAGUUGAGGGAGGUUCAACUUAAACAUCUACGCGCGACCUUUCAUACAUUCCCUUGUUUUAUUUCCUCGCAAAAGAUUAUGCAACAGUCACGUGGAAAACUUAAGGUCUCUAAUGUAGAGUUUGAAGGUCGGUACACACUAGGCAACAAGUUGCAGCGACACGUCGCAGCGACAAAUCCUACGUGUGUACUGAAGAAUUUUUGUGAAAAUCUUUGCCUCAGCAACAGAAUUUUGUCGCUGCAACAAGUCGCGGAAAACCAGAUCAGGCAGAAUUUGUGCGACUUGUUGCGGCGACAAAAUUUUGUUGCAGAAACAAAGCUUUCCUUAAAUAUUUCCCCGUUCGCACGAAGGGAUUUGUUGCUGCGACGCGUCGUGCAACGUAUCGCCCGAACUGUACACCCGUAGUGAUUUGUCACCGCGACGUGUUGUAGCAACUUUUAAAAUUAUCACUUUGAAUAACGCCUUAGGGCCUGUUUACGUGGAGGUGGAAGACCCGAGAUGGUUGAGGUAACAUGUAGCGGGUCACCCACCUAUCAUGUUAACGUGAUCAAAUAAAAUGAGAGAUUAUAUGGACAGGCGGGUUACCUCACCAAAGCGAGUUACCUCACCUACCUGGGGUCCACCACCUCCAUGUAAACAGGCCCUGAAUGUGGUAAUAUAUUAUCUAGGAGCGAAGACAAUCAGAGCCUGCUUUCCCGUCCCGUCGCCAUAGUAAGCAGCAUGAGACAAGAGCGACUGUACCCUUAUCAUCAGAGUUAACCACAGCACAGAAGGAAAUCAGCUCUUUACCAAGUAGUCCGCUGGUUAGUAAAUCGCGGUCGUCCUCAACUGUUGGCCUAGAAUCACCGAACCCAGAUUCUCGUAGCAUUUCAUCCGUGGAAUUCUCUGGGUACGUCAGAGUUCUAAUCACAAAAUAGCAGCUAAUAAUUAGCAACUAGCAGUAAUCAGGGAUUAGCAGUGCGUUCGAAAGAAUAAUACCUUUAGAAUGGCGGUUGCUGAUGAAUGUUACUAAAGUCGGGAAGUUUGUGCGAUAGCCGGAGGCAUAUACAUGAAUAACGUGCUCGUAUUGCAACGCUCUGGUUCCGUUGCACCAACUGACUAUUAUAAAGUCGGGUCGUCACCAUUCGAUACGAUCCGUCAACAUGAUACCCUGGGACAGAUAAGAAAUGUUGACGUCCGGUCCGAUCACGGCCAGACUUCCUAUAGUGAACUGUUAUAUGGCAAUGCUGACAGUCAGCUCGUAAAUAUUCUUCAUUUUUGCCUGUUUUUAUCAUAGAGAACAGCCAAUCGCAGCCGACGAGACAAUGACGAUAUCCGAUAGUGACAGGCUCAGUGAACAAUCACCACUGAAGAGCAUAGCGGAGGCCAUGAUGGAAUCUGGGUAAGUUGUAAGAUGAUACGGUUCCUGAUUUCUAAAACAAAUCAACUAUUUAAUGCUACAACGAAGAUUUUGCUUUUCUCGAUUCAGCUCGAAACGAGAACCUGAUAAACGUCAAUAAAAAACGUUCUACGAAGUAAUCGUUCCACUCUUAAAGCAAUUAAUUAGGCCAUGAGAAGUAGUUUUUUUUUCAGUGAACGAAGUGCUAGAGUCCUAUGACUGUUCAAAUCAAAGCUGUUAAGCAGUAAUUUUUCGUGGUACCAUUUUUUGUUGCAAUAAUUUAGACAUUUUGGAUUACUUUUUAAAUUCUGAUUUAGAAUCAGCAUCAGCUGAGCAAGGGGGGGAGGGGUGUAGAUUGUUUUGUUUUUUGAUGUUACCCUAUCCCGGGGUUUCAAUAAGCACCGAAGGCCGACGAAAUGCCUCGGCUACUCUGCUCAUAGAGGUCGACUACUUUUUUCUAGAAAGAAGAAGCAACUGGUUUAAAUAACGUUGUAAACAAAAAAUAUAUCAUAAAAUCUUGAAUGACUAAACGUAAUUAUGGUGUGUUUUCGUAAAGGCCCACUGGUUUUACAUCAUGCUUUAGUCAUGUGAACGCUAUAUUUCAGUCAUUUUUUUCAAAAGUUUCUUUAUAGGUUUACGUAGAAUUUGUUUACGUGCAAAAGUGCGUAAUCUAGUUUUCAUCAUUUGUUCAUUGCUUGUAGGAAUUGAUUGUGUGACUGAUAAAUUGAAAGCUACAUUUUCUUGAAUGAAAAACACGCUCUUUUGUCCUCAAAUAUAGUGCCCAAAACGCUGAAAAUCGCAUAAACGGCCCGUUGUUGAUACGGUCGGUUACUCUAUUCAAACCUGCUGGCUACCUGUCUCAGCAAUUUGUCCUCGGUUGUAGUCGUUGUUGUAUUUCCAGCCAAACACCAAUUCUUUUAACGGAAAAAUCUUGAUGGGAUUCAAGUUUUUUGUUCACAGAGUUGAAGUCGCCUUCAGACGUUCGUCACUUCUCAACAUGUAUUUCUGAGAGUUUUUCGUUGAGUUAAUUGCUGGUUCACUCUACAGCAAAGGCGUUUCCUUUCUACCUGAGAUGAAAGGAUUGAAGCUUUCCAGCUUUCUAAGUGUAGAAGCGAUCUCGUGGAUUAAACAACACCUGGAUGGGAUCACUUCUAACGAACAAGCUAUUCAUUUGUGUCAGGUCAGUGCUUUAACUUAUGAUUAUGCGCAUUUGGCAUUUUUUUAUUGAUACUUAGUGAUACUUGUCUUCUCCACAACCUGUUCUAUCGGGCGUACUGGGAUGCAUGGAGCGAUUGUGGGCGUGAAAGCUCCAGUAUCCAUUGGGAACCUUAUUUUACGCUAGUCUCCCACCGAGCCGUUUUUGUCCCGUCACGCGACGCCCCUCCCAAAGUUUCUUGGGGAUUAGCGUUGCGUGACGAGACCGCCUGCGUGCGAUAAAUUUUCCCAGCGGCUUCUCUUUACACGUAAAGCCCAUUCGUGUCUGUUGCCAAGGAUAGAGUAUUGACAUCGAGUAUCGAUAAUAUGACAUCGUUUCUUAAUACUUUCACUGCUUAGUAUAAUACUUUUCAAUUGGAGUGACUACUACCCUCCCCUCCCCUAUUCUCUUUCCACCCUGCCAUCGAAAACAGCCAUGCCAAAAGCCAGCAACAGAAACAGAAAGAAGAGUUACGAUUUACUUACGGUUAAUUGAAAUGCUCAGUCAAGAGAUACUAUUGAAGUGGCCCCGGUGCUCAAACGUUGGAUAGCGCUAUCCACCGGAUGAAAAGCUAUCCACUGGACAACGCAAUUGGUUUCCCAAGUACUUAUCCGCAGGAUAGCGGUUUCCAACGUUUGAACAACCGGGGCCUGUAGAAUAAAUACCAAGGGAGAAAAUUUCAGAAUCAUAUUUUAGUAUAUACGAGAGGUAUAUAGAGAAUUAUAAUCUUUACUGUUACUUCAUAAAAAUGUCGAAAAUUGCUUUUUUUCUCACUUCCGUUUCUAGAAAAUGGUAGAAGCUGGCAUCAUUCAACACGCCUCAGAAAGUGUAAAGCAAAAAUUUCUCGAAGGUUUUAUCAUCUUUUGUUUUGCACCAAAGUCUUCUUGGGCGGAGAAAAAAGAUGGUAAGUCAAGUUAGAUGUUGACCACAGGAAUACCACAGUAUUCUUAAACACAUGCUUACCAUUCUCCUCGCAAGAAUAUCAAACAAUGCAUGUGUGAAAGAAAAAGUCAAUGAAACCUACGUUCAUUGAUUGAAAUCUUAGGGCAAACUUUUAUUUGCGACGCUUUUUAUGCACGCGUUUGAAAUCAAAUGAAACUACACAUGCCUAGCCCCUCUCCCCCACACCAUAUACAAAGUUAACUCCUGCACCCCAAAUUUUUGUGAGGGGAGGGGAAACUGUAAGAGAUUUUUAACAAGGAAGCACUGAUUUCUUAAGGGAUCCUGACAACACAGGCCUUGAUUUCAGUGGUGAGUUUAAGGGGGUAUUAAAAACAAUCUGAAAAUUCGUUUUGAACCGCGCGUGUAUGCUGGUUGCGUAGUUCUGCCUGAUAAAAUACAACCAACCUCGUUUUGCGGUUGUUAUAAUCAGAAGUCGUAAUUAAUGGCUCCUGAUCAUUUUAUUUAAUGCCUUGUGAUAUUUUUUUUUUUUUUUUUUUUUUUUUUUUUUGGGGGGGGGGGGUGCGGUCUGCUACACAGCCGUUUAUAGUGUCGUCACGCAACGUGCGUUGCGUGACGACGCUAAAAACGGUUGUUUAGCAGACAAGGAGGGCAAGGGGGGUUGAGUCAGUUUGCUCCCUUUCGAUCAUUCCCUUCAUAUUGACUCUGUUGUUCCCGCCCCCUGGGGUAAAGUAUCGGACUUUCUUUUCCCUCAACCGAGCCUUUGCUUUUUAUUGUUAGACAUACCGGACACUUCCAAGUUGCCCGUGUCCCACCGGUCUUCAAUCGACGUGGAGCGCUUCGAGUUAGAUCUCUUACGAGAAUUUCAAAGUGAAUGGUUCGAGGUGGCAAUCUGGCCUUCCAGAACUGGAGACGAUUUUCCAGAAUUCUUUGCACCCGAUGAGGUGAUUGAGUCAUUUCCGGUGGGUUCUCCAAACCGGAAGCGCAGCCGAACAAGAUCAGCCAGGCGGAGUCCAGGACGCCUGCAUUCAGAGAGCGGUUUGUAUUCUGUACUUUCUGAGAUCUUUCCUAGACAUUGUUAAAAAUUAAUUUACUUCAAUAGCUUUUUUUUUUAUUUUUUCAUUAUUUUAAAGCGUUUUUUAGUGUUAUCUCAAAUUGCAGACUGCAAAACAGUCAGUUAUUUUCCUCAAAAUCGGUGUUUCCAGGCGCGUUCGUGGGAUUUCCCACAAACCCUCACACGCCCGUAAGGUUUGUGACAACCAUUUACGCGAAUUUAUUGGGCUUAUUUUUGAGAAAAGUGACGAAAUCAGAGCAAGAGAUAGUUAUGCAAGAAAAGGAGUUGAAUACAGGGUUAAGCACUGAAGUACAGUGAUUAGGGUUAAGCACUCUUUAGCGGUAUAUAGCUUUCACUAAUGUUAUGAUCAAUGCCAUGUAAGGUACCUUUAAAUUAACCGGCAGUUAGCCCUUGAUGGUGUAGUGCAUACGGAUAUGGAUUAUACAUCAAAUAACGCGGGUUCAAGUCCUACAUACUACCUACUGUUUUCAUCCGUUUUCUUUCUUCUCUUAUUUACUACUCUAAGUUAUAAGACUCCUAUGAUGUAUUUUGAGUAAAGAUGACAAUCUGAUUUUGGAGGAGUUUCAACCCGCCCGUAAGGCGUCUCCCCCAAAUCUCACACUUUUUUCUCACCCUCGCUUCAGGGCGUUUCUUUUUUUUACCGCUUCCGUGUUCUUGAACCACACAAUCUGCAGUCUACUCAAAUUGCUGCCUCAUCGCGAUUAUUUGUAUAUGAGAGAGAUGUCGGUUAUGCCAAAAGUUAUCCGCGGGACAGUGAACUGUUUGUCAGUUUUAGAGAGUACAGUCGAACCUCUCGUAAGCUACCACCCAAAAUGCAAAGACUUAAAGGUCGCUCACGGGAGGUCGUAGUUUACGAGAAAAGAACCUUUUGAGGUCUCUUCCAAGACGAUGUCCGGACACAUUUACUCUAUGGAAGAUAAUUUAUUGCAUGCAUUUUCUAAAUAAUGAUAUGUGCUGUUCCGUUUUGUUAUUUAAGUUCUUCGUAUAUUUUAGGUAGAAUAGUACACACAGCGAACAUAAAAAUCAAACAAUGUAUCAAAAAGUCGCUUACAAGAGCGUAAAACCAAGGGAAAAUCAUUAAACCGUUAGCCCCAAAAAGUUAGGUUACGCGCAAAUGAAUACGCGCGUGACUAACGGCGCGAGACGGGAGAGGCACGAAAAAAGAGAGGUCGUGGUCGCUUACGAGAGAUUCUAACUACAUGCAUAGGGAUUAGACUGGGAAACAUUGGGUGUAUUGGAAGGGUGGUGGUCGCAUAUAAUACUGUAUCUGCAGUAGAGGGGCCCAUGUAUGAAUAACAGAGGUGUCUUAAUUGGAGAAAUGUCUAUAUAACAUAAGCGAGGGAUUGGUGUUAAUUAGGUAUCCUUAUUAGAGAUAUUUAUGAAUCAUAGAGGUGCUCUAAUUGGAGAAAUAAGUAAGUGGAGUAUGAUUGUCCGGGUGAGUGUAGCCCUCUCCUUUGUUUCAGAAGAUGACUAACGCACAGGUUGUUGAAAUGUCAGUCACCGUCAACAACUGAACAAUCCUAUUAUUAUUAUUGUUCCUGUUGUUGUUAUUAUUACUAUUACUAUUAUUAUUAUUAUUAUUAUUAUUAUUGAUUUAUCAAGUAUUAUCCUUGCAUACUCCAUAGACUGCGGCUGUGGCCCAGCUUACAAGUUUGUUACCCUGGAUGCUGAUCCUCAUCACAAGAGCCAACGCCCUGAAACCUGCAUCGUACGUUACCAUGGUAAUUUCUGCACCCAUCAUGCGUUUGAGAUCGAGCUACACUGGAUAGCAGCGACUGGGAGUAUAGUAAAUAACAUGGUAGGAUGAAAGACAUCAAAGUUUUAUAGUAAUCACUCUAACAAGCGAUUUUUUCCAGCCAUUUUUAUGGGGGGAGUUAAUUGGAGCGGGAAAAUUAUCAGGGAGUCAGGGAGAGAGGCUCAUAUAAAAGCGAAGCGGCAACCCAUGGUAGUUCACUUUAUUUCAUAAGCGAUAUACCUGUAAGCAACAUAGUCCGUGGUUAUAAAAAAAGCCAUUUUUUUCAGUCACUUUUCUUACACUAUACUGUACCUUUGUUUGUGCGAUCUGAAGAUAAUCGUUCGUCACUUUUAUUCUGUCUUGUUUACCGCCAAACUUUAGCAUAAACAUAGAAGCGCUUGAUAUACAGGCUAAUUAAUCGGCCAUAGAGCGUAUUCGCAUGACGUCACGGCGGCCAUAUUGGCGUUCCAAAAAAAUGGAAUGGCGGCCAUGUUGGUGUAGCAAGACAACCCUGUGGGAAUUGAACUCUUUUCUUAUGUAAAAACUUUCUUUUGUUCGUAAGAAUUAGCAUAGAUGCUGGUCACGUGAGUGAAUACGCUCUAUAAAAGUGAUUAUGAUGAUGAUGUUGACGGUGAUGACAGGGACCGCGGAGACCAUUUUAAAGUGGUAGGGCUAAAAAAUCUGGCCAGUACAAAGAAGCAUUAAGUUCAGUGUUUCGCCAUUUAUCUUGCAUUUGCGCGCUAUCUUAUUUACAACCUCAGCAAAUAUAACAUAAACGUCGUCACUUGUUUUAGUGUCCAGUAUAGCCAAUAUGUUAAAUAAACCUUCCUAAGAUUGCUGCUUUUUGAAGUUGUCCGCAAUGCUGAAGUUUCUCUUGAGGUUUUCAUUGCGGGAAACAAACUCCUGUGCGACGUCAGCUAUAGAGACACUGUCUGUUCUCCGCUUGUGACCAUUACGGCAACACUGCUAAGUUGCCAAACCUUUCGUCACGCAUCUUGGAUCGAAGCGACGUCUUCAGACGCCGUGCAGAUGAGAGUGAACGCUCGCCAGCAGCACUGGUAACAGGAUUUACAGCAAGCAGCUUACAGAUAGUUUGGACUUCCUGAAUUAGCCUCUUUUCUGGUUCUGGAAACUUCAACACCGCCAACAGGAUUUCGUUAAAACAUGAUAUCUUCUCCUCCUUUAACAUAACUUCCAAAAUACUUAGUUGCUCAGGCAGCGCCCCUGUAUCAACAUCUUCGCUGUAUGACGCAUCACGAAACUGAACUCUGCCUCUUCGUCACCAAUAUGAGCUUUAACCAAGAGGGUCUCCAUCUGGGCGUAGGAGCUGAAGCUUUCCUGAUUAACGCGGUGAUAUAUAGCCCGACGAUAAGAUGAAUACCCUCAUAAUAGACCCCUCUAAAGUGAUCUUUGGCAGUUUGGGGAUAGCUUGGUGCACCAGCACCAACCUCCAGUCUGACCAAAGUGCGUCGUUUUCUUGGAAGCGUUGGUUCGCUAAGCAGGCCUUCACUCUUGCAGGCAACAUCAGCAUAGAAAUGGUCGAAGCUUUCAUCAGUGCGAAAUUUUGUCAGCGUCUUCUUUGUUAGUUUUGGCAGGCGUUGUCCAAUGACAGCAGCCAUCUUAGUACCCUGAAAAUCCUUAGAUAGAUUAUCGGUGUGGGAAUAAAGGUGCUCUCCAAGAUGAAAAGCCAACAAAAAGUCAAAUUGCUCCUUCCAUUUUUGGCCUUACAUCUUAUUAUCCUUGCAAGCAAAUCGGGUUGUAAUCGUUCGGACAUACAAACACCCAACUCUUCCAUAGGGCAAAGUCCAAAAAUUCCACGGGAAUUCUUUCCAUGUCAACUGGAGCCCUAGAAAAUAAAUCCCAGCAAUAAAAGUGGUAGGGCUAUAGCCCUACCAGCCCCUCCCCCUCCGCGGUCCCUGUCAGAUGAUGAUGUUGACGGUGAUAAUGAUGAUGAUGAUGAUGAUGAGUGAUCGUAUCCACUUUGCUCUCCUCAGGUUCAAUCAUGGACUCGUAAGGCACCUUCGUGUGGCUUUCACAUAGUCCCCGUUCCAGUAAGUCCAUUCCCUGAUCCAGCUGGUAGGAAUGUCGACCCUUUUCGUUUGCCUUUGUUCAUUUCGUUAAACUUACCUGAGGGAGCAGCGGACGCAUGUAGUCUGUUCAAAGGUAAGAAAGAGGAACAAUCCCGUCAUCCCGACCUAAAUUUUCCCUCAAUCCUUUAAUCCCGAGGAUUAUUCUUGCCAUCCCACAUCCGGUGCAUACUUUCAAUCCCGAAUCCCGUCCCCAUACUGCUUUAAGAAUUCCGAAUUCCGGCCCUAUAUUGCUUUAAAAUUCCGAAUCCCGCCUCCGUAUUGCUUCAAAAUCCCGAAUCCAGCCCCCAUAAUGCUUUAAAAAUCCCGAAUCCCGGCCUUCAAAUGAGGUAAAUGCCGUAUCCCGAGAAGCCUAUUGAGGACACUCGAAGACAAAAUAAAAUUAAAGGAAGAAAGCGAUUCGCAAAAUUAUAUUGCAUAUAUUUUGCUAUUACUAAGGCGAAUAAUAUCUUUCGUUAUGCCGAACACUUCGUUAUAUAGAGGUUCGUAAUGUUGAGGUUUUUGAAUCUACGAGUCAUGUCAUAUCUAAGUGCAAUAUGAGUGUAUUCCUGAAUAGGACUGUUGCUGACAUUGACUUCUGUUUUAAACCUGUGUGUGGUAGUCAUCUUCAGAGUCAAAGUCAGGAAAAACUCUCAAGAAGACUACCGCACAGGUUGUCGAAACAUCAACCACUGAUCACGACCUGAUGGCUAGUUUACUUCAAAACCGACAUUAAAUUGUUGGUGUAUACUUAGGAUUCGUGUAAGUUGUCCCAAGCAAUCGUAAUCAAACAUGAAACCUCCAGAUUCGAUAGCCCAAAACUGCUUUGUGAAUAAGAAAACAACAACAACAAAAACACAAAAACAAAAACAAAACAAAGGCCUAAUGUCCAAAUUCAAAUUGUCCAUACUGAUUUUCUUACAUUUCUUUAAAGAAUUAGUUGAGAGAAUAGGAUAAAAGAUCAAAGCAUUUUCCCUUUGUGAAAGGUUUGAACCAUAAGUAGGUUGAGUAUGACCGUCCAGGUGAACGUAGUCCUGAAUAGAACUGUUGUAGACAGUGACUGACGUUUCGACAACCUGUGCGGUAAUCAUCUUCAGUGUCAAAUUGAGUUGUAUCACGUCAGUUGAUGGUAUUUAACUUUGGUUAUUGACCUGGUUGGUCAUUUAAUUCGAGAUGUUAAUGGUCUUCUGUCAGUUAAGCCGUGAUGUUAUUGGCUAUGAAGACUGUCGCAAUGUCAUUGGUGCGUUUCGAUCCGUCUAUUGUCACAGUUAAUCAGUCGUUUAUUGUUAGUCAAAUUUUCAGUUGUCCAGUCGUUCUCUCGUGGUUAGUUUUGUUUGAUUCCGUCAAUAAGUCGUUUGUACGAUCCUGGUUCCUUUCUUGAUCAUUUUAUUAAUUCUCAGAACCUUUCCUAUUGAUUGUGCAUGACAGUUGUUAGGAGAAAAUUGAUGUCUGUCACACUUGGGACUUAAUGGGUAAACAUGUACCGCACUUACUGAAAUCAGCAGCAGUACUAUCUGCUCUGGCAAGUGCGAAUCGCUGGACGUAAAUUUAUAAUAAUUUACGAUAGUAAUAAAGGAGUUUGGUAUUCUGAUUUUAAGUGAUUCCAAUUCAUAACGGGUAACUAUCAGAUUUUUAAAAAAAUCCAUUUUCAUCAUAGUCUCCUUACAUGGACCCAGUCCUCUAGCCUGGCUACACUUUCAGAAAUACCAUCAUUCACUAUAUUACCGUAAAUCCUCUAUUAACCCCCCCGGGAGGGGGGCUUAUUUAUUUCAAGUCCAUUUGAGGGAGGCUUAGUAGAGACGAGAGGCUUAUUUGAGGGGGGGGGCUUCAGCUCAUGGCAUCAGCUCUUCAUAAAGAACUAGAAUACAAAGUGGAAAACCUCAAGUACAAGACGGUUGGAGGCCACGCAGCUGAGGAUCAGAAUCAAAUCCGAACUUCUAGUUGGUAAAUAAACUAUCCCUAAUCAGUCCACACGAAGUUUUACAGUCGUGAUGGAUUAAUACAGUCUAUCAUUUAUUAGUGAAGAAUAUUUAGGGGCGGGGGGGCUUAAUGGAGAGGGGGGGGCUUAUUAGAGGUAGGGGUCUUAUUUGAGAGGGGGGCUUAAUAGAGGAUUUACAGUAUGUUAGAUUUGUUGGUCAUAUAAUCACCGAUAGUUACGCUCCAUUGAGUCUGAAUGAUCUUCACUUGAUCUGUUUUGUUCAUGUUUUUUUGCAACCAAAAAUUGUUACGAUUUUUGUAUUUCAGAAUUUGAACCAUCCACGCGAAAUCUAAGAAUGUUUCUAUUUUUGGAAGCCAUACUUCAAAGGUGUGUAUGUACUCCUUGCUUACGUCCUUACUGGACAAUUGACGUUAAGUAGUCUUGAAUGUUUUUUCGCUAUUAAUGUUUUAAACAUUACAUAUUCUCAAGUCAAGAAAAAAUGCUUGAGUUUCCAUUUUUCAACUUAAAACCAAACGAAAAGGGCUGAAUUAAAAACGAGUUCGUCACUUUAAAAACGGGAAGGGAACUGGAGCCGAAAUGUGUCCCGCAAGUGUUUCUGGGAUCGUAACUGGGGAGAAGCCAGUCAGCUAUUGGCUCAUUUUUUCCCGUGUCCCUGGUAACAGUACCAGAAGCCUUUGCGAAAGUUAACUCGGCUCUGUUUCCUUCUUUUUUUUAAAAGUGGCCAAUGGGUCAUAGUCUCCUUCGCAGCCGUUUUUAGGCUCGUCACGCAACGCUCCUCGCGGGGGGAGCGUUGCGUGACAAGCCUAAAAACGGCUGCGAAGGAGACUAGAUGGGUCACAUUGUUUGUUGGGACCAGCUUACUUGUAGAGUAGCCUUUCAUAAAAAGAAAAAUUAAAUUAUGGUGCUUAAAGCAAAGUGAUUUAUAUAUCCUAAUCCACAUUGAAUUGCAGAGUUGAAACUGAAAAUAUUACGGCGUUUAUCAUUUGUCGCACGUAACAUUGGCUCAGUAUGUCAGCAGUAAUCUUCUUCUAUUUCAGCAACACUGAGCACAACCUUAAGGUGGCGCGAUACAGUUUUUCAGUAAUUUUUUCCAAAUCUUUGUUUAUGGCGGCGUACUCAAAUUUGGGAGGUAUUGACCCGAAAAACUGUAUCGAGCCACCUUAACUGCACAACGUUGUUAACCUUGGGCAACAUUUCGUACCAUAAUGUGACACAAGUUUUAACUGUCAGCCAAUCAGAUUUGGCUUUCAGACUUUACAACUACCUUCUUGCCAGUUGCGACACUUUCAUUCCAAUAACGUGCCCUCUUGCCCAAAAUAGCCUGUUCACAUACCCUCUAUUUUCUCUUAAAAGUCCACCGAGCGCGCUCGGCGAUGAUCGAAAAGAAAAAUAAAGCAACGUCUGUGUACAGGUUAGGCUAGCCCAAAUUACACGUCAUUUUUCACCAUUAAAACAGCACUUUGUUGAUUUGUUUCAAGGUUUGGUUUCAUGCGUGACUCACCGUAUGGUUCGAUGCACGUGAGCUCGCCGAUGGUGCAAAUGACGCCUGUGCAGUGCCGCGCACAUGACUACGUGCACACGAGCGGCGUAGCUUUUGUACGUAUCUCUACCUGGGAAGAUGAUAAUGAUCCUUUUAUGAGUGACCUACAUGGGUCAAUAAUGGACCAACACAGUGGCAAGUAUUGGGGUUUCUAUUGGAUGCCAAAUCAUAUGUUGACAAGACGUUGGCGGUCAGCGGCUACUGGUGAUAAAGGAAGUGAAAGUAAACUGAGAAGUGAACUGGAAGAUUUCUGCGCGGACAAAAAUGGUGUUUUGACGAAAUUCUGGGAGUCGUGCACGGCAACUGCAAGAAGACUGCUUGAAAAAGGAGUAGAAGAAGAAGAUAACAUUUCCUUAAAAGAAAAGGAUGAAGGAGGUUGUGAAAUGAACAGGGUGGAAGAAAGCGAUUCGACAAAUUUGGGGAGCUCCACAGAUUCAUCUGAUAAACUUCUUGCUUCACAGUCAGAAAAAGAGAAGUGACUUCAAGAUUAUUCAAAGUAUUCUUCAAAACUAUUUGACCUAUGAGCUAAAAAAGAGAAAGGAACACC